UUUUUUUUUUUCGCUCUUUCAGGAAGAGACGCAUCAUCGUCAGAGCUUUGACAACAACGAGGGGGGGACAAGUAGCAACAAAACAUCGCGUACCUGUCCGGCAGAGAUUCACUGUUUAUUUUCCCCGCAGGUGGAAUUCAUCUGACAAAGGGCAAACGUGAAUGGAUGGUUCAGUUUAUCCACCUCAACAACUCCUGAAAACCACAAAGCAAAGGCUGUGUUUGAACAGCUCAAAGUCAGCGGCCUUGCUGGAAGGUACUUAGUCACAGAGACAAAUGAAGUGACCAACAGGAUACAAUGUCAUCGUUCCAGGUGGUGGACUCGUCACCGGGCAGCAGCGUCAGUGUCAUGGAGACGUCUAACUUUGCCCACGUCAUCUUCCAGAAUGUUGGGAAGAGUUUCCUGCCCCAGGCACCCCUGGAGUGUCACUACACCCUAACCCCAUACAUCGCUCCCCACCCCAAAGACUGGGUGGGCAUCUUCAAGGUGGGUUGGAGCACAGCCAGAGAUUACUACACCUUUCUUUGGUCUCCUAUGCCUGAAAACUACGAACCAGGAAGUACUGUGAACAGGACUGUGGUGUUCCAAGGGUAUUAUGUUCCUAAAUCUGACGGCGAGUUCUACCAGUUUUGUUAUGUCACACAUGCUGGUGACAUUAGAGGAGCCAGCACACCCUUCCAGUUCAGGUCAGCAACACCCACCGAAGAGUUGCUGACUGUUACCGAGGACGACAGCAACUCCGACAUACUGGUCGUCACCACCAAGACCGGCCUGCUAGAGCAUGUGGAGGAGGCGCAGCAGGAGCGCAGGGAGCUGCUGAAGGCCAUGCGUGUCCUCCAGGAGGAGAAGCAGCAGCUGCAGGAGGAGCAGAAAAGACUGGCCAGGGAGCGGGAGCAGGAGAGGGAGACGUGCAGCCUGCUGAGGACACACAACCAGGAGCUGCUGCGCUCAUCGCAGGGCCUGUCAGAGGACAGGGAGGAGGUGAGGAGGAGGCUGACGGAGGCCACGGACCGGGUUCGGCAGCUGGAGGAGGACCUGCUGGGAGUCACCCAGAGAGGCCUGCAAAAGGAGACGGAGCUGGACUGUCUGCGUGACCGACUGAAGAAGCUGACAGCAGAGAGAGACAGCCUGGAGAGCCAGCUGAAGAACGAGAAGGACGAGAGAGAUCUUUACAAGGCCCACCUGCGUAGCACCGAGCUGGAGAACACUAAACUGAGUGCAGAGCUGCAGAUGCUGAAGGCAGUGGAGCUGAACCGGGAGGUGACCAUUGCCCAGUUCCAGGAGGAGCUGGAGAGGCUCAGGGCCUGCGUUGCCCAGCGAGAUAGCUUGGAGAAAGAGCUGCUGGCACACAAGGCUGACAAGGCAGAGCUGGCCCGUGUGCGUGAGCACCUCCGUCAGGCAGAGGAGCAGCUCCAAGCGUCCCGGCAACAGGCCUCGCUGUUGGCCUCGGAGCUCCGCGAUUCAGCCAGCGCCCGCGACCACACAAUGACUGAGCUGUACCGCGCCCGCUUGGAAGCCGACAAGCUUCGUGCAAGUCUGGCUGAUGCUCAGGCCGAGUGCCAACGCAUGGAGAGUCAACUAGACCGCAUGAGGAGCGCCGCACAAAAGGAAGUGGGUGUCGGGACCAGCGGUGAGAUGACACCAAGCAUCUUGGUGGUGUCAGAAGCAGAGGCCGAGCUGCAGAGAGAGGUGGAGGAGCUGAAGCUGCGUCUUCACAUGGCUGCAGAGCACUACAAGGAGAAGUACCGGGAGUGUCAGCGCCUCCGUAGGCAGGUGGCCAAACUAAACACAACAGAGUCACAGGGGGAGCCAAAGAGAAAUGCAUCCACGGAGACAACACUGGAGCCACUGACCCCUAGUCCAGAGUCACCAACAGCAGGGAAUAUAGCCGCUGCAGUCCUACAACAAGCCGAGAUGACAAUCACUCGAGAACUUAAUAACAGGGAAUCCACACAUACUGAUGCGUACGUUGGCACAGAGAAGGAAGAAAGACAGAGAGAGAAAAUGCCAAAGGAGACGGUUGAGGUGGAGGCAAAUCAUGGAGAGGACGGGCAGAAAGAAGACAAAGAGAAAGAGGAGAAGAAGGACAGCCUGCCGGAGGAGAGCCUGAGGAUGACGAGCUGGGUGGAGGUGGAGAACGAGAGGCCGAGCGCCCAAGAUAACGGCGAGGAGAAAACGUCAGGGAAGGAGGGAGUCGGGGAAGUAAGGGAUGUCGUGGAGGAGCAGGUGCUGCUGGGGGUGGAGGGGAGGAGCUUGGGGGAGGCAGAGAAGGAACAGACUCGCUCGGUGGAGGAGGAGCUGGCGAUGAUGGAGGAGAAGUGGAGGGAGCAGUGCGCAAUCAAUGAGACGCUCAAACAGCGACUGGCCGACGAGGAGGAGCGAUUCAGGGUGCAGAUGGCCGAGCGAGCCAGUGAGGUGACGGAGCUGAAACGCAACCUCGCACAGGCCCUUAGAGACAAGGAGCAACUACAGGAGGAGCUGCAGCGUGUGUCCAGGCAGAGGGAGCAGGAAGCCAGUGUUCAGGGGGCUGAGAUGAGGCAGCCAAUGGUGUUGCGCUACCCCAUGCCAUACCCUCAGGACCCCUCUCCUCCACCGCUGGUGCCACAGAGGCCUGCCGAGUUGCAGUAUGGCAAUCCCUACUCCACUGACACCACAAGAGACCGGAUGGAUGUUGCACUGUCUCCCGAGCACAUGUCUCGUCCUCCACCUGAGGCCCCACCAUGUGCCCCUCCCUGUGCACCCCCGAUCACACCCCCAAGUCCUGGCUCCGCAGCACCGGGCUGGGACCAACAAGAGGUGGUCUGCAUACAGCCCUCCCGCAACACGACUCCCCCCGAGGGCCUGGAGCAGCCACCGGAGGAGCCACGAAAUGCUGCCAAUGGGGCUCAGCCAUCGUGUGAUCACCAGUCGAAUAGACAUAGUGAUGCCCGGAGCAGCUUCUGCUUUGACUCCAGGAGUGACGUCCACAAGCGCUGCCCUUUAUGCGAGGUGAUCUUCCCACCUCACUUUGAGCAGCGCAGCUUCGAGCAACACGUGGAGAGCCACUGGAAAAUCUGCCCCGUCUGCUCCGAGCAGUUCCCCCUCAACUGUCAGCAGCAGCUCUUCGAGAGGCACGUCCUCACGCACUUUGACGGCCACGUGCUCAACUUCGAGCAGAUCGAAUGAAGGAUGUAAAAAGGGAGGCCCAAGAAUUCUAUAUGGGUAAAUGUGUUGUCAGCUAUUAGCUCAUUACGAUUGGGGUUUGGUUCAGUUGUCUCGUUAAUAUACAAUCAUUAGCACUUUUUUGCAAUCUUAAUAAAGGUUAGAAAGAAUGUAAUCCACCUUUGAGAGGAGGCAGAGUUUGUCCUUUGGGGGCUACUCCACCAAGGUGUUUAUUAAGUAGGGUAGCUUUCACCUUAAUACACAAUAGGUAAAAGUAUUAUUACCACUCGGGAAUAGUGCCAUGGUCUUUUACUUUUUUGUAUCGUUUUUAUCCUCAUCCUUCUGCUUCAAGGGGCUACAGCACCGUUGGUAGUGCAUGCAUUUAUUCUGUGUUCAUAACAAUUGAAAAACCACUGCAGUUCAAGCUAAAAGAGUGACUUGUAGCAGGAGCUUGAACCAGGGCUCUGGUAUGUUGAUUUCCCCGUUCUAUAACUACCCUAAAUAUUUCUUUACAAUAAGUAGGACUCUCUUGUAAUAAAGCAGCCAAGACAUUUUAAUUUUAAUCUUUUAAUCGUCCACAUGAUGCAAAAUGCUUGUAAAGGCAGAAAGAGAUGAGAUUUUUUUAAGUGUAAAUGCAGAGCGAGAGAAUAUGCGAUGUCUUAAAAGACUCAUCUGAGUGUGUGUGUGUGCGUGUGUGUGUAUAUAUAUAUAUACAUAUAUAUCAUUGAAGAAUGGCACGGCAGAGAUUUCUUUGACUUGAAUGGGAAGCGAUUCCUCCCAAAACUACGGUACUACUGUCCGUACGAUAGUGUUUUUGCAAAGACGUCCGAUGGUUUAAACAAAAACAGCACUACGUUUUCAUGUAUCUGCACUAAAUAAGGCUUUAUUCUGAAUGUACUGUACAUAUGAAAAAUGAAAUAUAAGACGUGGAGAGACCUGUAAGUUACUGUCGUGACCCUUCCCCCCUCCACCCCGUCAUUGUUACUUCCCUCAUGUUUUAGUGAUGACAGAAUGACGGACCAAUGUUUUACUGCUGUAGGAAGCUGGGCAAAUAAGACUGCAAGACACUUUAGUUACAGACACUUUUAUUGUUAUGUACUUUCAUGUUUUAAAAUUAGAAUUGUGAAGAAGAAAAAAAAAAAUUAUUGCUUUGUGUGCAGGUCCAUAUCAGGAGUGAGUGUCAUUUAUAUGUGUGUGUCCACGGGGCUCCUUACCGCCGCUUGUCUAUUUUCUGUCAUUACAAAGUGACCCCAGACAGUGUUGUAUUCAGGCUUUUAAAAAAAUUGCACAUGCCCAGUAAUCACAAGGCAAAUGUGUGUGUGUGUGUGUGUGUCAUGUGUCUGAUGCAGCCCUUUUCAUGUGAGAAUGUCAGGACAGUGGUUGAAGUGUGUAUUGCAAAGAUCUUUAUGAAUAAAGUAAGCUUGUCUAAAUGCA